CAAGUAAGCAUGAGGGAACUGGGUGAAAAGUAACUAUUUCGUGACAUUUUUCAAUUGCUAUUAAAUUAAUUAAAAUGGCAAAAGGAAUAGUUUUGCUUUCAAGGCAACUGCAGUUCUCGCAGUUAUGAGGAAACUCCAAGUGUUUAUCGGCUGGUUUCAAGCACUAAAUGGAAUUACCGAAUAUUAUCCCGAUGCCCGAACCGGAAGUUUGAAGAGAUCGAAGUAUCUGAAGUUUUACAUUAUAUUUCACAACCUGCUGACGUUGUCUGGAACAUCUUUGCUUUUCAAUGAUCUACUUGCAAAGAGAUCGUCCGCAGUAUACGCAGUGCAUUCACAUUGGAUAAUAUAUGCAGCAAUGUUCUAUACAAUUGUUAAGAUCUUAGUUGUAUUUCUAACACUUCACAGUGUCUUGGGUCAGCAGAAUCACAUCCGGCGUAUCAUAAACAGGCUGCAAAAAUUGGAUUCGACAAAUGCUUCCAGAGCAGAUCGAAUAAAACUUGGAGUAUUGCAGUACAUAAAACUGUCAGCGCACUUCUUUAACAUUAUGCUGUACAUCAAUAAAUUUUAUUUGCAAUGGGAUCAUUUAACGGCAAUCACAGUACUAUUCUAUUGCUAUGGGAUUUGGUGCCACACAAAAGUCUGUGCAAUGACAUUGCUGUUGCUUGAAAUUCUUUGGAAGAUUCAUCAUGUUGGCAUCGGAUUGCAGUCACAACUUGAGAUGUUACUCGCUCAAAGAGUUCAAAUCCUUCAUCUGCGACGCGUCUUCAUGCAACAUCAGCAAUUCAUCAAUAUUUGCAACGAAUACUGUGCAAAUUUUCCACAUUUCUUGGUUUGGUAUCCAUUGAAAAACAUCUGUAUCGUAAUCCUUGCUGCUUAUUAUCUACUUCGUGAAAAGUUUGCUAAUGAAAGUGCACUCUAUAUGGAUGUAACAACAAUCAUAAUUAUAUCUGCAUAUACAAUGCAUUUGAUUGCCGAGAUUUACGUUAUUAACAGUUUGUGUGAAGCUAUCGCUGAUUUCAUCCCGGAUACUAUAAGUCUGUUGUGGCAAUCAAAGCACCAAGAUCAUCGAGUGGAACUUGCAAUUACUCAGAUGACUUUGCAACUUAAUUGCCAGCACACAAAAAUUCAGCCGUAUGGCAUGGUUACAUUGAACCAACGUCUAUCGUACUCGAUCAUGACGGAGAUCUUGCUCUACACGAUUUGUUUAAUCCAAAGUGAUUAUUUUUAUUUCUAACUGAAGUUCUACUGGAAGUUCUACUUUUUAUAUUUAAAUAUUAAAAAA